AUGCCGGCCAUGCUGGAUGAUCCGGCGAGCCCCACUAUCUACCGAGUCUCCGGUCAGCCUCCGUAUCCGGAUCCGAACAACCCCGGCCUUCCGGCCGAGAUGACCCCCAGGCAGGUCACGCUCCGUGAUCGCCAGACUGUGGCCACUAUUGUUCCGUUUUCCUCAAAACACCAGGUUCCCGAGUCGCUGAUCGCCUACUUAUGUGACCAGAUCAACAAGGAAAUUGAAGGCGGCGAUACAUAUCCCAUGAUGGAUGCCUUCGCCGCCGACAAGUUCGGUUCCUACUGGUUCCAGAACUUUGGCGCUAUUAUGCUUCUUGGAGAUGUUGAACGUGCUGAGGAUGUUGUAGAAGGCAAAGAUUGGUCCCGAGAAUGUCUCGGCAGCUUCUAUAUCAAGCCUAACUAUCCCGGCCGCAGCAGCCAUGUGUGCAACGCCGGUUUCCUUGUCACAGAUGCCUCGCGUAACCGUGGUGUCGGCCGUCUCAUGGGUGAGGCGUACCUUGACUGGGCACCUAAGUUGGGUUAUACGUAUAGCGUCUUCAACCUAGUGUACGAGACCAACGUUGCAUCAUGCCGUAUCUGGGAUGCGCUCGGCUUCAAGCGCAUCGGUCGAGUCAAGGGUUGUGGAAACCUUCGCAGCUAUCCCAACCAGCUGAUUGAUGCCAUCAUCUAUGGGCGGGAUUUGUCACCGCGCGAAAGCGAGGAACUCGUGAGUGAAGAGCGUUUCGACAAGAUCAAGUUCUACCUCAAGUACGGCGAAUACCCGAACGGCGCUGACCGCGCUGAGAAAAGCAGGCUCCGCAGCGCAGCGACACACUAUAAGCUUCUCGACGGAGACAAGCUCAUGCUCAAGGAUAAAGAGGUUAUAUCCGAUCCCGCCCGUCAGUUCGAUAUUGCUCGUCAAGUUCAUGUUCAGCAGCACGGGGGUAUCAACAAAACUACCGCUACUAUUGCAGAGAAGUACCACUGGAGCCGUAUCAAAGAAACAGUCAGCGACGUGAUUCGCAGUUGUGUGGAGUGCAAAGAGCUAGGCAAGACACCUAAUCCUGGAGGCGCGAGAAAGGCAGCCUCAUCGAAUAAUCAUACGGGAGGGAGGAGAGGGGGUGCAAACACAGGUGACCACCAUGCGCAGCCGACGAGUCCUCCUCUUGCCCAAAUGUUACCACUGCAAGAGCACAGUAUGAUAACGACGAUUUCACACCAGAGUCCAGAUCACGAUCAUUCGCCAAGUCCCUAUGCUAACCCAGCGGAUAUCUCACUCAUUGCACCUCCUCAUGCUCUCCAAGGCAGCUCAAUGGAACAUGCGCUUCACUCACACAGUCCCAUGCUCCAAGAUCCUCCUACUGGCCACCACCCACAUGAUCACAAUGUAUACCAACCGAUCGACCCGCAGAUCAUCAACGAAGCUUCUCAUGACCUUGGCCCCUUUGAUCAAUAUCAUUCGCCCGCUGACUUCCAAGCAUUGCUCAAUGCGACUGAAGAUGUUGGUCCUGACGUUGUGGACAGAGAUUUGGAGAUGCUGAUAGAACAUCAAGACGAUGAUAAUGUGAUGGACGGGACGGAUGGUAUGGAUGGCAUAGACGUCGGUGUCGGUGUCGGUGUCGGUGUUGGUGCAGACAACCACGGGCUUGUACAUAAGGAAAGGGGUUUGUAUGAUGUUGGUUUUGAGGGAGCGGGCGGGUAG